AUGGUUGCUGAACUCCACGAGAAAGACCCCGACAACUUCACGGACCCCAACCACAAGCCUGAAAUUGCCGUUGCCCUUACAAAAUUUGAAGUGCUUGCCGGGUUCAAGCCCUUGUCUGAAAUCCAGCCUCUCUUCAAGCUCCCCAUACUGAAGCUAUUCACCCCAAGGAAAGACUUUGGCGAGGCAGCCCAUAUAGCGGACCUGCUUCCUCGCCUCCGGGACCAGUACGGGCCGCGCGACUCUGGCACGCUGGUCGUGCCGACGUGCAUGAACUUCAUGGUCCUCGCGCCCAGUAACGGGCCGGCCGUGCUGAUUGCCACCAAAGGGAAAGGAACUAUGGAAGCAGACGGCUAA